AUGGUAAGACCUCGUCGAGCACCAGUUCGUACUGAAGCAGAAAUCACUCGUGACGCCAUUGCUGAGAUACAAGCCCAGAUGGCUUCCAUCACAACUGCCCUCCAAGCCCUUAUGGUUCAGCAACCAACACCAGCCGUACGCGAACAUGUUGCUCACGUUAACAGUAACAGAGACGAUGUUGAUAACGAAGAAAACCCGUUUGCAGACGACGUUAACCCCUUUGCUCCUCUACACACCAACCGUACCCUAGCACCAGAUAACGUACAAAACGCAGCAGCUCAUAUUCAUUGGGAAUCGGGUUUCAAAACCGAGAUACCAGAGUUUCAUGGAAAUUCUUCAGCUGAAGAACUGAUCGAUUGGAUAUUCACGGUAGAAGAAAUCCUAGAAUUCAAACGAGCUCCAAUGGAUCAAUGUGUUCCUGUUUUAACAAUGCGUUUUCGUGGAAGAGCAGCUGCAUGGUGGACACAAUUGAAGACAACUCGUGCACGUCUUGGAAAACCAAAGAUCAUGUCAUGGGAUAAACUUUCAUCAAAACUUAAGAAUACAUUCUUGCCUUACAAUUAUGACCAGCUUAUGUUUCAGCGUCUCCAUACCAUCCGUCAGGGAAAUCGAUCUGUGGAUGACUAUUCCACUGAAUUUUUUUUACUUCUCAAUCGAGUUGAUAUACAAGACUCUGAGCGUCAACUGGUGGCACGGUUUACAGCAGGAUUACGACAACAGAUUCAACACACAAUCAAUCUCUUCUAUCCAUUAACACUGUCAGAAGCACAUCAACAAGCUUUAACUAUUGAGGCGCAAACUAAAUUAUCCUUUUCAUCAUGGUCUACUGUUCGUUCUUCUCGACCAAAUCACAAUCCGACUGCGACAGAUGACGCUGUUUCUGUCAAAGCAGACACACCCAUUGUUCCAGCUCUUGACACUCGAAGAGGCCUCCUCCUUGACACUGCUGGUAAUGACGUUGAAGUAAUUUACGAUGAGGAAACUACAGAGCCACAAGAUGAAGUAGAGGUUCUUAAAGCUGAUAGUGGACCAGCAUUAAUGUUGCGACGUGUGUGUUUAGCUCCACGUGGAACAGAUAUCAACCAUCAACGACAUAAUCUUUUUCAUUCAAAGUGUACUAUUGGAGGCAAGGUGUGUAACUUCAUAAUUGAUUCUGGUAGUAGUGAAAACGUCAUUGCUGAGGAAGUUGUAACCAAACUUCAAUUAUCAACAGAACUACAUUCUAACCCCUACAAGUUGGCAUGGUUGGAUCGGAAUACCGAUGUACUCAUAACUCGACGAGCAUUGAUUUCUUUUUCGGUGGGUGAUUCAUAUAAGGAUCAGAUUCAUUGUGAUAUUGCUCCAAUGGAUGCUUUCCAUCUACUUUUAGGACGUCCUUGGUUAUUUUAUCUUCGAGUACAACACGAUGGCUAUCGUAAUACCUACAGUUUUCGUUACAAUAAUCGCAAUUUCACUCUACAGCCUUCUUUGCCCGAGAAACAACAUACACCAUCAGCUCCAGUCCUUUUCUUGCAGCAAAAGCUUUUGAACAAACACUUCGAGAAGAAAGAUGUGUUCUAA